AAAAAACCUAUUUUUCGACCUCCGAAACUUUUUCGUGUUAUUGAGUUACCACAAAACGAUUACGGUAUCCCUGAUAAAGCAUCCACCAAUAGAUAUGUACCAUAUGCCAGUCGUUAUAAAGGCAAAACAUAUAUUUACGUGGAAGGAGAAGAAACGGACGAUUAUCUUCGCGACAUAUCUUCUACUGAUAUUACGUCGUCAUCCGAAAGUGAAGUCGAAGAAAUGGAUAUAAAUGAUAUAUAUCCAUAUAAAUCGCCUAAAUAUAAAACUUUGAUCGACAUAAUAUUACGGCCAAGUACAUCACCACAUGGUACACAGGAUAAUACAUAUAUAGAUAAUAUAGUGGAUACUAGUGAUACAACCACCAAGAAGCUUACAGAUAACGAGUGGAACGAACUAAAACAGGAUUUUAUUUCGAACAUGUUACAAAAUGAUAAUAUAGAUAUAGCUAACGAAAACCCCCCUGGAAACAUUUGUACGGACUCACAACCUGAUACUGUGGAUAAUAGUUUUGGAGAAAAACCUUUUAUUACUCAAAUCCAAGAUAGGAAAUUAUAUUGUGAUAACGAGAUUACUUAUAAUAUUGAAUGGAAUGUUCCGGAAAAUAUUAAUAGGACUACCAAUAACAUGAAUGAUCCAAAAUAUGUUUCAUCAAACGACAAAUAUUCUGGAAUUGAUUUAAUCAAUGAUUCGUUAAAUAGUGGUAAUGAUAUAUAUAAUGAAUUGUUAAAACGAAAAGAAAAUGAAUUAUUUGGAACAAAAUAUCCAAAACA